AUGAUUCUUAACAUAGUAGAGUUGGAGAUUGAGAAGUUUAAAGAGAAUUGGAAUCAAGAUGAGGAAGAUGUCUAUCUAUGGAGGAAUGUGAAUAAUAAUUUUAACAGUAAGUUCUCAACAGCGGAAACUUGGCAGGUUAUUCGAGAAAAGCACCAAAACUAUGAUUGGCACAAAGCUGUUUGGUUUAAGCAUGCAACGCCGAAGUAUUCUUUCAUGGUCUGGGUUGCGAUGAGAGAUAGGCUUUCAACAGGAAGUAUAAUGGUCCAAUGGACUGUGAACAUUGAUACUUCCUGUAUUUUAUGCCAAGAUCUGAUGGAAACAGUUGAUCAUAUCUUCUUUGAUUGCCAAUUCUCGAAGCAAAUUUGGGAGAAUCUUGAUAGAGGUGUGCUAAAGGAUCGGUUCACAUCAAACUGGUCUGCUAUCAAGAGGAUCACUAUGGAUGAAGGUCAAGACAAGCUCCUCCUCUUUACCAUCAGAUAUCUAUUUCAAGUUACAAUUCAAAGCAUUUGGAGGGAGAAGAAUAGAAGAAGACAUGGUGAAACAGCAUCUCCGCAUGCUCUAUUAACAAAGUUGAUAGACAAGACCAUGAGAAACAAAUUUUCAAUAAUUCAGAAGAAGGGGGAUAAGAGACUUGAAGGUGGAUUACAAUUCUGGUUCUCAACCAGAUAA